AUGUCCUCCCCUCGCUCGCGGGCCCCCUCCUCAACCAAAAUUGCCGUGAUAGGCGGCGGACCGCAAGGCCUAUGUGCGCUCAAAAACCUCCUCGAAGAAGGCUUCGACGCCAUGCUCCUCGAACAACGCGACCGCAUCGGCGGUCUAUGGGCUUACUCCGACGAUCCCAACACCGUCACAGUCCUGGAAAGUACUUUGACAAACGUCAGUAAAUAUAAGAACUGCUACAGCGACUUCCCAAUCGGGAAAGAUGAGCCCGUGUACUUCACCCAAGCCCAAUUCCUAGAUUACCUAGAGCGCUAUGCUGAUGCAUUCAACUUCCGUCCACGGAUCCGAUUAAACACGUCCGUCCUGAGAAUCUCAAAAUCAACCAGCAACGCGGACGGCUGGGACAUCAAAGCCGAAACCAAACACGCUUCUUCGCCGCACACCCUCCAGUUCGACAAAGUCGUUCUAGCUACUGGCGCACAUCACACCCCCUCCGCUCCCACCCUUCCAGGCGCCUCCAUCUUCGCCGGCCAGAUCCUCCACUCCAGCGCCUUUAAGCACCCACCUUCCUUCGCCGGCAAGCGCGUCCUCGUCAUCGGCUUCAGCAACACAGCCGCCGACAUCUGCGCCGAGCUCGUCGCGCACCACGCCGCCUCCGUCACCGUCGCCCACCGCCGCGGCAUCCACGUCCUGCCGCGCCUUGUGAAUGGCAAGCCCGUCGACCUCUUCGCCUCGCGCCGCGUCGCUGCCAUCAGCGCCACGGUGGCCGCUAUCGCGCCGGUGAAGUCGCUCGGGCUCGUCGAGAAAGCGCUUGCGGAUCUGAGCGAGAAGAGUUGGGACCUGGAUCCAGCUUGGGGGUUUCGGCCCGCGCCGCCGCGGAUUACGAAUCGGGUUAUGCUGUCGGACACUUUUGUGCCGCAGCUGCGCGACGGCUCUAUCAAAUCUGUCGCGAAUGUUAAGCAGAUCGUGAAUGGGGAGACGGUAGAGUUGGAGGACGGAUCGCGCGUUGCUACUGAUGUGAUUAUUUUUUGUACGGGGUAUCACCGACGGGAUCCGCCGUUUCUUGCUGAGAUUCUUGGGGGUGAGAAGGAGAGGUUGAUACCGCAUCGGCUGUAUCAGAAUAUCUUCCCGCCUGCAUAUGCGGAUUCUGUGGCUGUGCUGGAUAGCUGGCAGCUUGGGAGCGGGAUUUGUGAGGUUGCGGAUCUGGCGUGUAUGGCUGUUGCGCAGGUUUUUAAGGGGGCGUUUCCGCUACCCUCGGAAGAUCGGAUGAAUAGGGAAGUUGAUGCGCAUCACCGCUGGGUGAAUACGGUGCUCAGUAGAGAGCCGGCGGCGGCGGCGAAGGUGGUGCAGGAGGGGAAAUGGAGAGGGUGGUUGCAUGCAGCGGCGGGGACGGGGGUGAACGAAAAUUUAGGGUAUGGUUGGAAGGGGUGGUGGUUUUGGGUAUGGCAGCCGAGGUGGUGUAGUCUGUUGAUGGGAGGGAUCGACUUACCGUAUCUAGCACGGCUGUUUGAGGGGAGGAGGAAGAAGUGGGAGGGGGCGGGGAGGGCAAUCGUAGAGGCGAACGAGGAUUUGGAGAUGAGGUUUGGAAAGGGGACAGAUAGGAAGAAGGUAAAGUGAGCAUACACCUUUCCUAGACCGUUCUACAUCUUCUUACUACUAUUUGCGGUUCUUCAACACAUCAAGUGGGUUGAAGUCCAGGGUAAUGUGCUACAAGUCCAAGGUGUAUUUGCAGAGUCAUCACGGGACCACUAAUUAUGUAGCAUACUGGAAGGUGAGCUCAACGAGUAUUUGCAUCCUCGUCCGGCUGGUUCCCUGAGCGGGAUCGCAGAGUUUAUAGAAAAAUAUGC